UUAGCAAAGGUAGCGAACGCUUCUUCCAUACUUGACUUGUCAUAAGAAAUUUAAAAUCAGUUUUAAUGUAAACGCGGGCUCGAACACAACCGUGAAACGGAAUAACAGCAACGAAAGGAAAAUUAAUAAAAAAAAGUGCAAACGGAAAAAGUUAUACAUUUUAAAAAUAAAUAUUAAUAAAAAUAAUUUAAAAAGUUUAUUUAAGCCAGUUUCCUUAAAAACACACAAAAGGAAGCUAUUCUAACAAGCAGUAUAUUUGAAAAAAAAAAUUGUGUCUGUGAUUUGUCGUUGCAAUUAACACUUCUAACUUUAGAAGUCCAUUAAAUUCCGCUCAAUAUCGCUAAUAGGCUCCAGGUUUCACGAGCUUAAAGUGCUAAGAAGAAAAUAAUUGGACAUCAUGAGAUUGUGUGAAUGUUUUGCGGCAGCUUUAAUUGUAUUAGCCAGUAUUGCAUCCCCGGUUUUACCCCAGCGUAAUUUUCGACAACAAGCCCAGUACUGUGUUACUCCCGAAAACUAUUAUGGUCAGUGUGUGGCCCUUAGCUAUUGCCCCCAAAUUGCCAAUGUCUUCCAAACAACAAACCAAAGACAAGCACAACAGUAUGUGAUACAAUCGCAGAGAGCAUGUGGAACACGGAAUAUCAAUGGUGACCCAGUUGUUUGUUGUACCAAUCCCGUUGCCGUAGCCCAACCAACAACAACACGACCCAAUAGACAAACACAAGGGCCGGUAAACCCAUUCUUCCCCACAAGUAGACCAAACAUAAACCCCAAAAAUCCUUUCCUUAAUCCAAUAACACAGGUACCCACACCAGCCCCUACGCUAGCUCCUACGCCAGCUCCUACACCAGCCCCUACACCAGCCCCCACAUCAGCCCCCGUCGAUAAUAGAGCCGUUUCUUGCCGCGGACCCGAUAGUCGAGAAGGUGCCUGCAUACGCUUAAUCGAAUGCAAGGUACUAACGGAUGAGCUGCUGCAAAGACAAGAAGAUCCUGUCUUUGUCAAUUAUCUGCGAGUUUCUAAUACCAUCUGUGGCGGCGCUAAUUCUAUGGUGUGUUGCCCCAAUCCUGGCAGCCAGCCGGUUACCUCAAAUCCUUUGAUUCGUACCAAUGAAAAUGUGCCCAAAAGAUUGCCCACCGUCGAAGAGGGUUGUGGCUAUACCAGCAAUUCCUAUAAGAAAAUUGUCGGUGGAGAGGUGAGUAAGAAGGGAGCAUGGCCUUGGAUAGCUCUCAUAGGCUACGAUGAUGAACUCUCCCCAUCGCCCUUCAAGUGUGGUGGAACUUUAGUAACGGCUCGGCAUGUCAUUACCGCUGCACAUUGUUUGAGAAAGGAUUUGAAAUUCGUGCGCUUGGGUGAACAUGACUUGACCACAGAUGCCGAAGCCCGUCAUGUGGAUAUAAAUGUUGUGCGGACUGAAAAACACCCUGACUAUAAUGUUCGCAAUGGCCACAGUGAUAUUGCCAUUUUAUAUUUGGAACGUAACGUUGAUUUCACAGAAUUCAUUUCACCCAUUUGUAUGCCUCAAACAACGGCUUUGCGUCAAAAGUCAUAUGUAAAACACACACCAUUUGUUGUGGGCUGGGGUAAGACCAUGGAGGGUGGUGUCUCAGCCAAUGUGCUGCAGGAAUUGCAAAUUCCCAUCUACGAUAAUGAGGUGUGCAGAGAUCGCUAUGCCAAACAAAAUCGUCUCUUUACUUCAAAUCAAUUCGACAAAGCUGUGUUAUGUGCUGGUGUGCUUUCCGGUGGCAAGGAUACAUGUCAAGGAGAUUCUGGUGGCCCUCUAAUGAUUCCCGAGCCUUAUCAAAAUAAUGUUCGCUAUUAUCUGAUUGGUGUUGUUUCCUAUGGCAUUGGUUGUGCUCGUCCUGAAAUUCCUGGAGUCUAUUCAAGUACGCAAUACUUUAUGGAUUGGAUUAUACAGAAGAUAGCAGACACUCAGUAGUCAUCUGGGGGGAAAUGGUAUACCUCGCCGAAGCCACAUGAAACGAACAGAGUUGUACGGAGAUUAUACACAAAUAACGUAGAUAUUAGUUUAUUAUUUCUUAUUUUUAUUAUUUAUAUACAUAAAAAACAAAAAAAAAUAAUUGUUAUUUAAAAAGUUCUG